AUGAUGCCGCGAUGGCACUCGUCCUUCCAGACAGUGGACGCAACGGACUUCAGCGAACAGGUCCCCCGCGGGUCCUCCUCAACUAAGGUAACCUUAGUCAUUGUGCGCAACCUCUGGGCGCAAGUUCUUGAAUUCCGUGGCAUCUACCUGUGCCUGGGUGCUGGCUGGAGUACUACCCAGGUCUGGGCACUGCGCAGAGACUGGGGGGCAGAGAGAAGGGGAACGACAUACAAAUUCUGGAACCUGGAACCGCCCUGGAGCCGUUCUGGCGCAUUGGUCAGUGUCUGGUACACUGGCCAUGAGGAGCCGUGGGAGACGGACAAGGCAGAGUUCUCGAAGAAGAAGAACAACAACUACAGCAACAGCAACUGGACAACACCCGAUUCGACGACAAUAACAUCGUCGAUCAACAGCAACACCGGUCUCCCCCAAAUAACCCCCAAAACCUUCACCACGGCUUCUCCAGCGAUCGCCACCAUGGGUUCCCCGAGUGGACCCCUCCGACCCCGAGCGUCGUCAAAUUUCAUGGGCAUCCGCGCAUCUGGGUUCCCGCCGUCCAUGACGCCGCAAGAAAAGCACCUCUUCUCAACCCACGUCAACACGGCCACGACACGCCUCUCGAGCACAAUGGCCGCCAGCGAGACGGGCGAGGGCUACGUGUUUGUCGUCUACUUCCACAAGACCACCGCCGCCGACGCUCUCGCCCUGCUCCAGGCCGCAGACAUCCGAGUCAGGGGCCACGAGAUCCAAUUUUCCUGGCACUGA